AUGCCUCAAUGCGAACGUAUCCCUACAUAUUGGGGGCCAGAUACCUCUGCCACCAAAGACUCAUCGAGUCCUUCAGUGCAUCUAAAGUGCAAUGACUCCAGCCUUCCUUUCGAAUUCUCCUUUGAAGCCGUCCGCCCUAACGUCUUCCGUACAACUUUCACCUCUCCAACUCACCCUACACCUCCUCAUCCCAGCGUCCCCCGCGCUGAGACAAAGCUGGACGGCGCCAAGCCUAACGUGACCUCUUCUGAGAAGGGCAUCAAGAUCCAGAUCGGCGAUGUCAUUGCCAACGUUGACUACUCUGGUGAAACUCCUCUGCUUUCAGUCGGGUUUGACGGACAGCCACCUAUCCUCCAAGACUUGCCCAACAGGUCUUAUGCUAUAAACGGCGACGGAGUUGCGCAUUAUACUUUGUAUAACCGCAAGACCUUUCACGCUGGAUUGGGCGAGAAGGCUGCUCCUAUGGACCUCUCUGGUCGACGCUUCCAGCUUUCCGCCACCGACAGUUUUGGAUACGACGUGCACCGAACAGAUCCUCUGUACAAGAACAUCCCUCUUCUGAUCAAUGCUACCCCUCAAGGCUGUGUGGCCAUGUUCUCAACCAGCCACACUCGUGGCGAAUACUCCAUCGGCUCGGAAAUGGACGGUAUGUGGGGUUUCUACAAGGUCUAUCGUCAGGACUUUGGUGGUCUUGAGGAGUACAUCAUCACCGGCAAGACUAUUAAGGAUAUUGUCCAGACCUACGCUGAGCUUGCGGGCUACCCUCUUCUUGUACCCCGUUGGGCUUUCGGAUACCUGUCUGGUGGUAUGAAGUACUCUAUGCUCGACAGCCCUCCUGCAGGCGAAGCUCUCAUCGAGCUGGCGCUCAAGAUGAAGGAACACGAUAUUCCCUGUUCAGCUUACCAGAUGUCCUCCGGUUAUACCGUGGCCGAGAAGCCUCCCAAGAACAGACAUGUCUUCACCUGGAACAACCACCGAUUCCCCGACCCUGAAGACUGGAUCAAGCAAUACCACAAGCUCGGCAUGCGUCUCAUUGCCAACGUGAAGCCUUACCUCACAGCAUCUCACCCAGAGUACGAGAAGCUCAAAGAGGCCGGUGGUUUGUUCACUGAUUCACACACCAAGAAGGCGGCUGUCACAAAGCUAUGGAGCGCUGGUGGUGGUGAGAGGGACGAUGGUGGACACAUUGACUUUACCUCUGAAGCCGGCUACAACUGGUGGUACAAUGGUAUUAAGAAGCUAGCGGAGGAAGGUAUUGAUUGCAUGUGGAAUGACAACAACGAGUACACUAUUCCUGAUGACGAGUGGCAAUGUGCUCUCAACGUCGGAAAGGACAUCCUUAACGUCCCUGAAGGUCUCGAAAAGCGACCCCAAGUCGGUCUCUGGGGACGUAGUCUCCACACCGAACUCAACGGCAAGGCCUCACACGACGCCCUUCUAGCCGUGAACCCCGAUUCUCGCCCCUUCGUCCUUACACGUAGCGCCACAGCUGGUACUCUCCGCUAUGCUUGUAGUUCCUGGAGUGGCGACAACACCACUAGCUGGGACAGCAUGCGAGGAUCCACGGCUUUGUCUCUUACUGCUGGUAUGUGCCUGAUGCAGUGCUAUGGACACGAUAUUGGUGGUUUUGAAGGUCCCCAGCCCUCACCAGAGCUUUUGCUCCGAUGGGUUCAAUUGGGUAUUUAUUCUCCACGAUUUGCUAUCAACUGCUUCAAGACUGGCGAGGACAACUCUGUUGGCGAUGUUAUUGAACCAUGGAUGCAUCCUUCCAUCACUCAUCUCGUACGCAAGACUAUCAAGCGCCGUUACGCUAUGAUUCCCUAUAUCUACUCCCUCGCCCUCGAGAGCCACAAGAGUGCUUUACCUCCUCAGAGAUGGGUUGGCUGGGGCUAUGAGUCUGACCCCGAAGUCUGGAACCUCCUUGAUGGAGAGACACAGUACUGGUUGGGUGACUCUAUGCUUGUUGGCGGAGUCUUCCAAUCUGGAGCUAGCAAAGCCAAAAUCUACCUUCCCAAGGCAUCCGACAAUGAUGAGGGUUACUUGAACCUUAACGCACCUUACCAGUACCUCGAAGCCGGCCAAUGGGUUGACAUUGAUGCCGAGUGGUCAGGCGCCGGUAUACCUGUUCUCGGCAAGGUCGGCCGCGCCAUCCCGAUCGGUCGCGACGUCCAAGUCCUUUCGCCCGGUGAGAAGGAGAACGUUGCAGACCUUCCCCUCGAUGACUACCGAGCCGUCGAAAUCUUCCCUCCCCAGAAGGCGUCCAAGGGUGGCAAGUGGCACGAGACUACAUGGUACGAGGACGACGGAACAUCGGCAGCUACUAAGAACAAGAUCUCUUCUUACACCCUCUCUUAUACUGCGACAGAGGCUGAGAUCAAGGUCAAGUUCUCAAGAGAUGAGAGCUCAGGAUUUGAAGCGCCUUGGAAGACCCUUGUUGUUAUUCUACCACCCGGUGAUCAAAGGAAGGUUGUUAGCGAGGAGUCAAAAGAAGUUGUGUCUUUGGGAGUGAGCGAUGAGGGCAGAGCCAAGUUUGAGCUGAAGUAG